GGGGCGUGUGCAUGCUGCUGGGCAGGACUGAGCAGGGUUUAAAAGGCCCAGCGCAGCUGCACUCGGUCUCUUCUUCUUGUGUGCAUCGCCCGGAGAACAUCACCCCCCUGGACAACGAGCAUUUAAACCUGGCUGAGUAUAUCAACCCCUACUAUCCCACCAACGAAUCCCAUUAACCCCUACUGCUAUCCCACCAACGAAUCCCAUCCAUUCAAACCCCUGCUAUCCCACCAACGAUCCCACUAACUCCCAUUCCCAUCAAACCCCUACUCCAUUAACCCCUGCUGAUCAAACCCCUGCUAUCCCACCCAAACCCCUAUUAUCCCACCAACGAUCCCUAUCCCCUGUACCCCAACUCCCUUUUGUUGGUUCAGGGAAAGUUUAGCACCAGGAAGGGCGGGCAAUUAUAUCAUGUGUGAUUGUGUAUGUGUAGUUAGAUUAUGGGUGAAUUUUGGGGAUUGUUAGUGUAAAUGAGGAUUGUUCCAUUUAGUUGUUUUAUGUUGUGUAAUUGGUAUAUCUGCAUUAGAGAUAGUUACUGUUUUUAUUGUUGAGUGUCGUAUUAAAUAUAUUGUGUUAUUUGUAACUUCUGUGGUGUGUUUGUUAUUAUGGUAAGUAGAGUAGUAAUCGCACGCAGAUAGUUAGUACAGUACAGUAUAUAGCGUACAUAGUGAAAGGCCAAUUAAGAGUAGUUCUUUAAGGAAUAAAUAGGCGGAGUUAAGUAUCGAACAUCUACAUAAACAGCGAUAACGGAUACACCCCCUUAACAUUGGCGAGCCAGCGGCCCCUGCAUAUAUCGUUAUUUCUGCGUUCGGUUUUGAGGCUAGGGAUCGGUUAUACUUUGAUUAUCAGGCGGUAGAGACAAGGUUGAAUGUCUGCCCUGAUAAUUCGGACAGGUAACGCGAGUUAUAGUUUAGUACCAAACGUAAAUCACGCUUAAGCAGAGAAUCUAUAAUCUAUCUGUUACUAAAAAUUUUUAUUUAUUUUUGAUUACCUUUCACGGACGCGUACGCAUUGCUGAAAGGAAAAAUCACGUCACGAGAAGAGAUCCAUCGUUAUCGGAGCAGGAUAAAAGUCUAGUCUGGUAGGGAGAAAGGCGUUCCGGAAGUUAAAGGACCUUCUACAAGCAGCAAGGACAAAGGUUAGCACCGAUUGAAUGAUGACAUCUCAACCAAAAAACAGACAAGGGAGACUCUCCAUGGGACAUAAUUGCCAGGAUAGGGAUCUUCCGAACGGAAUACGUCUGCAGCUUGUGAUACUGGUGGUAAGCAUGUUGGUGGCAGGCUCGGCCUAUUCAGGGAAGGGUCUGGAAGCAAUUCAUGGUAUGACUAACAUACCACUUAAUGAACCCAGUCUUUUAAUGGUGGAGUGUUUGGGUGGCAAGAUCCUGAAACCAUACGAGAACUCUACUUUUACACCAGGGCAGUGGUAUCUGUAUGGUUUCCAGAGAGAGGGUUUUGACAGAGGUGUAAUCCAACAUUAUACCCCUGUGGAGAAUGUGUCUGCCAUACAACAUGACUUACAUGCCCUCUGCCUCAAGGAGUUUAGACAUUUUCAGGAUUCAGAACCAAUACCUAUUAAAUCUUUUAGAUGGGUAUCUAGAGACCCGCACUUACACCCUUAUAAGAAGGUGGAAGUCAAUAAUACAACGGUGUUGUGUACCAAAGAAGGAGUUCUGAGUCCUGAAGAUGUCACUGGGGCAGAAUAUAGCGGUUGGUUUAUCCUUCAGGCUACCUUCACAAAGAGGGAUAGCCAUGAUGGGUUAAGGGUAAAGACAUAUUUUGAUAGACCCAUUCCAGUAAAAGGUACCCUUAAAGCUUAUUGCAUGUUGAGGGAUUCCCAGAUGAUUAUCACUAGGGAAUCCAGUUACGUUCAUGGUCAUGUGUCCACAGACUAUUUGCGAACCAGUGUAAUAAUGUUAAAGUUAAACUGCAGCAACUCUGGUCAGGUCCUAUGGAAUGACCAGACCAGUCCGGGAGAGAUGGAAGGUCUAUACAGGGCGACAGUUUUACAGGUACGGACCGAUGCCAAGGACCCGAGGUAUACUCAGUUAAAGGGAUCCCCAUCCAUACGGUCCUUCAUGAUUACAAUCAUGAGGGACAACUGUGUGCAAGAGGUGGCAGGGUACUAUUUUGUCACCUAUGCUCAUUGGGAUCAGGAUACACAAAUGGUAAUGUCAGACACCAAUCCCUGGCGUUGGGAUCUGGUGUGUAACGGGGUAGAUACCCCUACAGUAAAUAUAUGGAUGGAUGGUACCCCUAUGACUGAGGAAUACCGGAAUAGGUACGUGUCUUCUGAUUGGAAAGACCCCAGUGGCAGGGAUAUUAACUUUGACAUCAAUAUAGAUGGUCCGUUCAAAUGGCCUUUUUGUGAGACUGUAGAUGAAGGGUGCUGGACUUUUACACAGUGGGCCUAUCUGUCCAAAUCCAAACCUAUAGGAAAACUAGUGUUGCAGACUGGAGAAAGUGAACAAUGGUAUCCAUUCGAAGGAAGGGGGCAAGUAUGUGUAACCGUGGUGAGGAUCCCCUAUGAAACAGAAGGUCUUCAACCAGUUAAACCGCAUUCAGACUCUUGCAACGCCCCUAUCCAUCAAUUGGCCGAUCCAGUAGCCCCUCAACUGUCAUCCCCAUGGAAAAUCAUCACAGGGGCAAAGUUCAUUCUUUUCACCUGGAGGAUUUCCAUGGAGGAUUUCAGAGUGGAUCAUUGGGAUCACAGAUAUGGGGAGUUUAUUCAGAACCAAAUUGAUAUGAUGAAAGGAUGGAUAGAGGCGGGGCAAGAGGUUAGGAAAGACGACCCUCGACGCAGGAAAUUCCGGAGGAAGAGAGAUUUGGUAUCCAUGGGACUUGGUGGGGGUGCCCUGGGAGUGGGAGUCCUGAACACUAUGGAUAUGGAAGUUCUGAGGAGUAAGCUUGGGAAUGUUGCGCGACAUGCCGGAGAAGGAUUCAAUACUCAGCUGGAUGUAAACCAUCCUUGAAGGU